AUGCAUAUUCUCCGGCUUGUAAACCAGGCCUUCUACCACAGCGCGAACCGGCAUUUCUACCGCCACAGGAAUGUCGUUCUAGCCUUCAACAGUGACCGCAAUAGCAGCUCCGAUAUCAUCGACCAACCAACGCACUCCUUCUCCCAGAGCGCCAACGCACGAUACGUGAAGACCAUCGCAAUUAGUGCGACUGGCCUGCAUAUCUCCAACGACCCCUGCUUGCUUGCGUUAUCCCCAACAAACAAGAACACAGAAGACCAUUGGAGAAAGGUUACAUCCGAAGCCCUCUUCGGCGCCCUACAGGAAGCAUCGAGCAUGGGAAUUCGCAUACGGACUCUGACCCUCUCUUUCGAACUCGAUAACCAGCACCUGAACAACCUCUGGAACCCAGCCUACCCUCCAGCCAACCCCGAAGAUCCAGACGGAUCCGACGAAACGCCUACCCUCGACACAAGCGGCGACUCCCACGGUUACCUAGAGUCCACUCCGCAUCCGACGGCGGAAGGCGGCCUGCUCCAGGCACUGCAGUCCGGCGGCACCCUGCAGUCCCUAACGCUCGAUUCCAUCCCUCCGCAUCCGCAUCCGCAGCACGACUUAACCCGCGAUACCGUUGCCUUCGCCCGCAGCGGCUCACUCCGACUCAUCCCUUGCUCCGCACCCCUCCGCCAUCUCCGCAUCGAGAACACGACCGUUCCCGCGGCGGCCCUGCUGGCCAUCAGGUCCUCCUCCGCGUCCCUCGGGACAGUUUCUGUAUGUUUUGUCCGCGCCGUCAACGGCACAUGGAGGCAGAUAUGCAAGAGGGCCAUCCGGCACUGCGUGCAUCUGACAGAUCUGACGGUCAAGGGGUGUCGGAUCUCUGGGCCGAGGAGUGCCUGGUUCUGGGCGCAGCGCGUUGUCGACGAGGAUGCUGUUGAUCGUUGUAUGGAUCGGGUUCGGCUUAGGCGGAGGGACUGUUGCGUGGGGGAUGUUAUAGUCAUGGAUAGGCAGGCAUAG